GCUUUCCCGGGGCAGCGCGGAGGCCCCGCAGCCGGGCGGCACACAAAGCACCGCGGCCUCGCCACCGCCUCCCGCCGGGCGCCCUCCUCCCCGUUAACGAGUAACGACGCAGCCGGCGCCGGGAGCCGGCUCCCGCCGUGCGCGGUCGCCAGCGGCUCGGUGCCGCCGCUCCCCGCGCCGUCCCCCGCCCGGCGGGCCCGCCCCUCUCCCAGCCUCCUCCGCGGCCGCCCCCUCCCCGCGCCAGGCGGAGCUGGAGCUGGGAGCGACGUCGUUGCUUGCCGCCGCCGCCGCCUCUCCCCAGUGACCGGGGCACCGGCCCUGCCCGGCGGAACCUCUUCUCCGGCCGCCGCCCGACGCUUGGUCCCAGCCGUCGCCUCUGCUGGAGCCGGCGCUGCCCGUGAAGCAGCCAUGAGCUGGGGCACGGAGCUGUGGGAUCAAUUUGAUAACUUGGACAAGCAUACACAGUGGGGCAUUGACUUCUUGGAGAAAUAUGCAAAAUUUGUAAAAGAAAGGAUAGAAAUUGAGCAAAACUAUGCAAAACAACUGAGAAACCUGGUUAAGAAGUACUGUCCUAAACGUUCACCCAAAGAUGAGGAGCCCAGGUUUACUUCGUGUAUUGCCUUUUUUAACAUCCUUAAUGAGCUGAAUGACUAUGCAGGACAACGAGAAGUAGUUGCAGAAGAAAUGGGACACAGAGUGUACGGAGAAUUGAUGAGAUACUCUCAUGAUCUAAAAACGGAGAGAAAAAUGCAUCUUCAAGAAGGGCGAAAGGCUCAACAGUAUCUGGACAUGUGCUGGAAACAGAUGGAUAAUAGCAAAAAGAAAUUUGAGAGAGAAUGCAGAGAGGCAGAGAAGGCACAGCAAAGCUACGAAAGACUGGACAACGACACUAAUGCUACAAAGGCUGAUGUUGAGAAGGCUAAGCAGCAGUUAAACCUGCGCACGCAUAUGGCUGAUGAAAACAAAAAUGAAUAUGCUGCACAACUACAGAAUUUUAAUGGGGAACAGCACAAACACUACUACAUUGUCAUUCCUCAGAUUUAUAAGCAACUUCAAGAAAUGGAUGAAAGAAGGACUAUCAAACUCAGUGAAUGCUACAAAGGCUUUGCUGACUCUGAGCGCAAGGUUAUUCCAAUUAUCUCUAAAUGUUUAGAAGGGAUGAUCCUUGCAGCAAAAUCAGUUGAUGAACAUAGAGACUCUCAGCUAGUGAUAGACUGCUUCAAAUCCGGUUUUGAACCUCCUGGAGAUUUUCCAUUUGAAGAUUACAGUCAGAAUAUUUACAGAACUAUCUCUGAUGGAACCAUCAGUACACCAAAGCAGGAAGGAAUGAGAAUUGAUUCAAAAACUACAGUGGGCAAGGCUAAAGGAAAGCUGUGGCUGUUUGGAAAGAAGCCAAAGGGCCCUGCACUAGAAGACUUCAGCCAUCUCCCUCCGGAACAAAGACGCAAGAAACUGCAACAGAGAAUCGAUGAACUUAACAGAGAACUACAGAAGGAAACAGACCAAAAAGAUGCCCUCAUAAAGAUGAAGGAUGUUUAUGAAAAAAAUCCCCAGAUGGGUGAUCCAGGCAGUCUGCAACCAAAAUUAACUGAAACUAUGAGCAACAUGGACCGUCUUCGGAUGGAAAUACACAAGAAUGAGGCCUGGCUCUCUGAAGUUGAAGGUAAAGUAGCAGCCCGAAGCGACAGGCGGCACAGCAGUGACAUCAACCACCUUGUAACACAGGGCAGAGAGAGCCCCGAAGGGAGUUACACGGAUGAUGCAAACCAGGAAGUGCGAGGCCCGCCACAGCAACAUGCACAUCCCAAUGAGUUUGACGAUGAGUUUGAAGAUGACGAUCCAUUACCAGCUAUAGGACAUUGCAAGGCCAUAUAUCCGUUUGAUGGUCACAAUGAAGGCACUCUAGCAAUGAAAGAAGGAGAAAUUUUGUACAUCAUCGAGGAGGACAAAGGAGAUGGGUGGACGAGAGCUCGAAGACAUAACGGAGAGGAAGGCUAUGUGCCAACAUCAUAUAUAGAUGUAACGCUAGAGAAAAACAGCAAAGGUGCAGUAACCUAUAUCUAACAGUAAACUGGCAGCUUUCGGUUGUACAUUCCCCAGGGAAAAUAGCAGAAAAACCAGGAAGUUACACAGGUUCACGGAAAGCAUUAGAAUGUCAGAAGUCAGCAAUAGUCUGUUGUUUGCAAUGUGAGUUUGCUAUAGUUUUUUUCAGAGAUGGCCACAUUAAAUUAUGCAUCUGACACUGGUCUGUAAUUUUGACCAGUAUCUUCUUUGUUUAACUGAUCUAGGUGCUUCUGCUUUACAAAGCACUAAAUUCCAUUCAACUAUUAAACUGGAAAAGACCAAGAUUCUUGCUUGUUCUAUAGAAUACCUUGGUUUUAUAGAGAACUGAAAAAAAUACUUAGUUUUAGAGAUAAAUCUCUUAAGAUUUACUCUUCCCACUUUUAUGACUUAAACUACAUGCUUAAAACAGAGGGUUUUUUCCUCUAGUAACUAACUGAACUCAGUUACUGAAAAUUAUUAAUUUCCUUCCUUAGCAAAUACUUGGCAGCUUUCACUUCUUAAACAGGAAAAUGUUUUCUGAUUCUGAAAGCUCAACAAAAACACUCAGGAAAAAACAUUAUGAUUAAGGACAGAAAGUCUGCUGACCUGCCUCUCCUUCCUUUUUAGUACCUGUAAUGUAGAACGUUGUGUAUUGGACACAGCUUCGUCGUUUUGUUUUAACUCUAGGCACCCUGAACAAACAAAAAAAAGAGAUCACGUGCAAUGCUUGAUGUUUUACUGAGACCUGUGAAAAGGGAAUGAUUUCCGUAUUCUUAAUCUGUGCCUGUAAGCUAAGUCGUUGAAUUGCGUCAUGUUUAGUUUGAAAUCGAGGUCUUAAAUGUACAGUAAUUCCCCUCACUGUUAAAUCACUGAGGAUUGGAAGCUGUGUUGCACUACUUGAUGACUAGAAAAACAGCUGAUGUAAAAGUUGUGGCCCGUGUUUCUAAUGAGUUUGUGGAAUUAGGUACAAAGCUAAUGUACAGCCACCGAGAAUGGCCUGUUAGAACUGAGCACGCUUCUCUGUCUUCUAAAGGCCUUCAGUAACUUUGUUCUUUUCUUUUUCCUCUUGGACUGCAGGUUCCUGAAGCGGGUUUCUGAGAAAAUGGGCGAGAUCUUGAAGGAGGUUACAUGCAGCUGCUGGGGGGUGGGUGGGGGUGGGGUACUAGACGGGGAGGCCCAAGGGGAAAAGCUAGUUGCAUGAAUGCAUGCAGACAUACAUUUAGUCACUAACAUCUUAGCAUCUCCAUACAUAGGUAAAGAUGUAUUACAAAUUCUUCCAUUUGUGCAGGAAAAUAUAGAGUUCCAUUACCAGAGUUAAAAGGCUACUGCUCCUAAAAUUGCUUUGUUUUUAUUGUCCUAGGUUGUCCCAGAUGCACAAACUGGUUUUUAGCUUGUGCUGUGUUUUGGUUAUCCCAGUUACGCUCCUUUCCAACUCAUUUUAAUUGGCGGUCAUUUAGAACCAUGUGUCAGUUGUCAGUCUGCCUGUGCCACCUCCAUGCUCGCCGUUAACCUCCUGCAUGCCUAGGCCAGUCAGGCAUGUCUGCGUAACACUUUGCCAUCAUUGCUUGUCUUAUUUUGUAACAAAUCAUUUUCUUUAAGUAUCUUCAGCACUAGAGUUUCAUCCCAGUAUCCAUGUAUGCUGCUAUAACUAUACCACUGCAACCAUCAUUACAUUCCAGUUUUUGGCAUAACUGAUAAGAGACCGUAAUGUGUUUGUGUUGAUUUGGGGAAAUGAUCCAUCUCAGCUCUAGCCUACAAUGCAGUCGAGAGAAACUCCUAGAACUGUGGUCCAUCUUCGGCACUUCAGUAACCUGUCGGGAGCACUGAAAACCUGGAACAGAACCACCACCACAGAGAUUCACCACUGCAAGCUAAUGACUGUUUUCAGAAGUCAACCACUUGCCAUUCAAAUGCUGCCUUAAACUAGAGUGCCUAAACCUGUUGUUUGCCAACACUACCACUUACAGUAUCCCACAAAGGGCUUUGUGUCUCAGCUCUUUUCACAGCGCUGCAGCUGCUGAGGUAGCCACGGUAGGUGUUUUCUAGAGCUCUACUUUACUGGAUACAUGGUGCAUCGUGAAUUUUAUACAUUGAAACGUGUAUCUCUUCAUUUGACUUCAAUAUUUUUUUUAAAUAUUUUUAUGGAAACUGUCUUUUAGUUUUUCACUAUGAAGUUCCAAUUUUAAUUACUGCAGUGCUAGUCCAUUUCUGGGUGAUGCUUCAUUGUAUGGACCAGUUGAAAUUCAAGUGAUACUUCGUAAUGAUCUAUGUGCACUUUUACUUGUAAACAAUUGAAAUUUGCAUAUGUUUAUACGUGUAAAUAUAGUUGUCUGCAGUGCCCCUAUGGCUUAUGUUGUCUUGCCUCCCAUUUGUGGUCCUAUUAAUAAGUACAUCAUAUCUGAUUUAAUAGGGUGAUAAGAAUUAGACUGGAAAUGUUGGGGGGAGGGAUACUUGUAUCAAGCAAGCUUGUCAACCCAGCCACCUGCUGUUUGGGGAAAUGAAAUAAUAAUCAAAACAUCCUGUUUUUCUGGGGUCUGAAGCAAUAUUUGGAUGCAGCGGUGCUGGAUUCUUUUUCAUUUCAGUGUUAUUAGGAACUGUACUACAAGUAAAUCUGAAUUUGAGUGACUUGUGUAGAGGUUUAUUCCUUUUGUUAUGUAUACCACUAUUACACAGCUUGACCUAGUGUAUUAUGGGGGCUAUUAAACUCUAAAUUUUAGAUUUUUGGAGCUUGUAUACAGGGUUAUUUAUAUAAUAAUGUGACAUUACUCAAUACUGACAAAACUACUUAGGUAGUUUUUUGGGUUUGGGGUAUUUUGGGGGUUUGGUGGGCUUUUUUUUGUUGGGGGGGUUGGUUUUUUUUGGUUGUUUUUUUUUUUUUUUAUCUAGUGCUUUUUUAUUUUAAAAAGUUAGAGGAAAAGGAGGAAAUGUGAUCUGUGUAUUUUCUGCUAAAGGGCCUGCGGUUUGCCUGGCUAACAGCCUUGCAGGUCAGUAAUAACACUUCCUGGUAAAGGACUAAAUGUUCUUGUCACGCUACUGUUUUUGUUUUUCUGAAACCAGGAUUUGCUUCCUUUGGAGGCAGGUUGCUUUCAUGAGGGAUAGUGCAACUUGUAUGAGGGUUAUUAAACAUAGGAAAAAAACCAUUUGUACUUGCACAGCUAGUUAUAAGUCACUUAUUCUAAAAUUCUGAAUGUGAGUUGUCUUAAAGAAUCUUACAUUUUCCAGUAAUUUUUAAUCCUUUUUGUGCACAUGUUGAUUUCCUAAAUGUUAAAUGCUUUGUUUAAAGAUAGUGUUCUCUGUUGAGAAUAUUUUCCUGGAAUAAAAAAAAUCUUUUCAUGGUCUAAAUAA